GGCAGUGUCCAGACACUGCCGGGAGCGCGAGGGCGUUAGGGCAGGUGGGGCGCCUCCCCAAAGGCGGGGCAGGGAGCUGGGGCUGCGGACUCCGCGCUCCCGGCGCUCGCUCGCCGCGCUCCACGCCGCACGUCUGGCCGAGCGGGUGGCGGGCUCGGCGGGACCACCGAGUGACGCUGCCGCCGCCGCCGCCGCCGUUUCUGUAGAGCACUCCCGAGUGUGCCGCCGAGAGCGGUCGGCUGAACCCGGCUCCGACUCAACUGUGCUUCCUGCUCGGCAGCCUCGAGUCUCCCAAAGGCGUAGCGUUUCCACUUGAUGUCAUCGCGCAGAAGGGGGUGAAAGGGACUCGGUGACAGAUUCAGAAAUGAAUACACCUGGGCGUGCUCAAUGCCUGUGAGCUCCCCCAUCGCCUCUUGACUUUGGAAAGGCUCGACGAAGGAAGGUGCCAGAGCGGUGGCCUCUGACAACAAGCUUCUUCCUCUUGGCCUUGCCUUCCCUGCCCCCAGUUCACCAUGGAGACGCUCUCCCAAGAUUCUUUGCUGGAGUGUCAGAUCUGUUUCAACUACUACAGCCCCCGGCGCAGGCCCAAGUUGCUGGAUUGCAAACACACCUGCUGCUCCGUGUGCCUUCAGCAGAUGAGGACCAGCCAGAAGGAUGUGAGGUGCCCGUGGUGCCGGGGCAUCACCAAGCUGCCUGCAGGCUUCUCCGUGUCGCAGCUCCCCGACGACCCAGAGGUCCUUGCCGUCAUCGCCAUCCCGCACGCCUCCGAGCACACGCCGGUCUUCAUCAAACUUCCCAGCAAUGGGUGCUACAUGCUGCCCCUGCCCGUCUCCAAGGAGCGAGCGCCGCUGCCGGGAGACUCGGGCUGCCGCCUGCUGCCGGGGAACCAGCAGAAGCCUGUUACCGUGGUGACCAUCCCACCGGAGCAGCAGCCUCUGCAGGGCGCGCCGCCCCAGGAGGAGGCCACGGAGGCGGCGCCACCUGCGGUGGAGGAGGAGCCAGACAGGCGUGGCGCGGCGAAAAGCUCCACCUGGUCUGGGGUGUGCACUGUGAUCUUGGUGGCCUGCGUCCUGGUCUUCCUUCUGGGCAUCGUGCUCCACAACAUGUCUUGCAUUUCAAAGCGUUUCACUGUGAUAUCCUGUGGCUGAAGAGAGUGGCGGGGACGUCUCUCUCGCGGGUGCCUACCAGGGCUUGAGCAGGUGUUGGUGAUUGGACCGAGGGGCGAAGAUGGGGGCGACGCUGAUCGUUUGGUGCCGAGGGUUGGCCUCCGGGGUGCCACUUGAUUUCACCCAAGACAAACACAGAGGACAGAAUGCGAGGCCUCAGCGAGAGGCCCAGGCAGGCCACUCUGAGCAUCGAUGGCAGCAGCUUCGAAGACGAUUGCAUGCAUCCUCAUAGUCACUUAUUAAAUGGACUGCAACUUAUGAUUUUCCAAAAUCACGUGGCCAGAUAAACAUAUUCUGCUUGGACGUGGCUCUGUGCAGGCGCACACGGUGCGAUCGUCUCUAAGUGUGGUAGAUUAAACCGAAGAUGCUCUGUACAGAUGCCGGAGGGUAGGAUCAACCCCACGAACCCAUGGACAAGUUCAGUGAUGACACCCAGCACCGGUUCCUUUCCUUUUUUUACGGUGACACCCAGUCUUCAUUCAGUUGCCAAGGCCUUUUAUACCUUUUGAAUGGCACCCUGGUCAUGACAAGUUCAGCAGACCAUCAUUUUUUGAAGGAAAUGGUUGAACAAGUGUUUCCAAACUGUUGUGUUUUGUCACGCGCCUUCGUUCUCCUUCCCGCGUUAUGAGAGCCCGGCACAUGUCUGUUACAUGGAGGAAGCCCACCCGGGGAGCAGCGACCUGAGUGAGGAGGAGGCAUGCCUCGUCCCACAGGAAAACUCUUUGCCAAUUUUUCUCAAGCCAUCUCACAAGACCAGAAUUUUAAGUGUAAAUAUUGUGCAUCUGUGUGUGUGUGUGUGUGUGUGUGUGUGUGUCAUUUGAUUUGCCUCAGGUUCUGGAUCUCGCCAGGAGAAUCCCAGUUAGGAAGACGUAGUGGGUGCCAGUGAGUCCCGGGUCUGAAAUGGUCACCUCCUGGGCACCGGGACCCACCGGUGAGGUGUCACGCACUUGUCCCUUCCCACCCUUGCCCCUCUUCUGCGGUGCAGUCGAGCCCCGUGUUCGGUGAGGCACACAUGGAGAGGAACAGAGCCUUCCUUGCCUUUUCUCCCAGCCUGGGGUAUUGAAGUGGCCGUGAACGUCGUUACCUGGUGACAGAGCUGGGCUGGCAGGCCAGCAGGCAGCCCGUGGGUAUUUUUUUUGGAAGAUAUUAUUGUCCCGUGAG